AUGGCACAAACUACCUACGUUCAACAAACACAGGUUUACCAGGGUACUCAACAAAUGCAAGGAGGACAGACCGUGAUAGUCCAAGAGUCAGUUACAUACGGGGCUCAACCUCGCAGUUGGAAAUUUGGAUUGUUUGAUUGUUUUUCGGAUGUAGGACUCUCCUUAAAGACCUGGUGUUGUCCUUGCAUUACAUAUGUAAGAGCUUACAUUGUAGGAGAAACGAAAUCAAAAGUGGCUAAUGAUCCUGGAAGUUGCACCACACACGCAUUAAUCUACUGCGUAGUCGCAUCCUUUGUUGGACCUUGUAUCAUGGGUUUCCUGGGCCGCGGUGAGAUACGUGCGAAAUAUAACAUUGUGGGUUCAGCUGGUGAAGACUUCCUUACACACUGGUGUUGUGGAUGCUGUGCAUUGGUACAAGAAAAUCGUGAAGUUAAUUCUCCGUGA